GCGCUGUGCCCGCCGCCCUUGCCCGGGCAACCGCCGCGGGUCGUGCGCCGUUGGCCCUCCCGCCUCCCCCUCGGCGGGGCCCUUCCCUCUACUACGGCGCUGGUGACAUUCAGCAGGACCGGCUAGCGCAGCCGGGCUCCCGCGGCGCGCCGAGGCUGGGGCGCCCGCGGCUGUCUGCUCCUCUCACCCGGGCACCUCCGGAGGAGCGGCAGCCCAGAGCUCCCCGGCAGGCCCGGAGACCCCCGACCGGACAGCCUUGGCGGGCGGAUCCCCGCCCCCCGCCCGGGUCCCGGAGCUUCGGUCCGCCCUGCCCAGCCCAGCUCAGGCGCAGGGCGAGGACGGAGGCGGCGAGCGCCAGGGGGACCCGGCCUCCCUGCUCGUAUAUGGCAAAGUUUCUCGCGGCGCUCCUGGGCUGCACGCUGCCGAGCAAGGGCGCCUCUCCCAUGCUGGAGUCGAAAAGCCAUUCCCAAGUUGGCCUGAAAUCAAGCACAAAGCAAAAGGGCACCAUUUUUAGCACACUGGCUGGUGAGAAGCCCUCAUCUGACUACAAAAAGGAGCAGCAAUGGAAACCUGUCUACUGCAGCCUCGCUGCCACGUGCCUCGCGGGCCCUCUGAUUGAGAAGCCAGGAGGGAAAGAAAGUAUGCCUCAGACACCUCCCUUUUCAGCCAUGUUUGACAGCAGUGGUUACAACCGAAAUCUCUACCAGUCUGCAGAGGACAGCUGUGGAGGCUUGUAUUACCAUGACAAUAACCUCCUUUCUGGAUCUCUGGAGGCUCUUAUCCAGCACCUAGUACCCAAUGUGGAUUAUUAUCCAGAUAGAACAUACAUAUUCACCUUCCUGCUUAGUUCUCGCCUAUUCAUGCAUCCUUACGAGCUAAUGGCCAAAGUCUGCCACUUGUGUGUUGAGCACCAGCGACUGAGUGAAGGGGAUAGCGAGAAGAACCAGAUGAGAAAAAUUGCACCUAAAAUUCUCCAGCUCCUGACAGAGUGGACAGAAACAUUUCCUUACGACUUCCGGGAUGAGAGGAUGAUGAGAAACUUAAAAGACCUGGCGCACAGGAUGGCCAGCGGCGAGGAGCAGACAUACCGGAAGAAUGUCCAACAGAUGAUGCAGUGUCUCAUCCGAAAACUCGCUGCCCUCAGCCAGUAUGAGGAAGUCCUGGCUAAACUCAGCUCCACAGCCACAGACCGGCUCACAGUUCUGAAGACCAAGCCACAGUCCAUACAGCGGGAUAUCAUGACCGUCUGCAGCGAUCCUUACACGUUGGCCCAGCAGCUGACUCACAUUGAGCUGGAGAGACUCAAUUACAUUGGUCCAGAAGAAUUUGUUCAGGCGUUCGUGCAGAAGGACCCUUUGGACAAUGAUAAGACUUGCUACAGUGAACGGAAGAAAACGAGAAAUUUAGAAGCCUACGUAGAGUGGUUUAAUCGCCUAAGCUACCUGGUUGCAACAGAAAUCUGCAUGCCCGUGAAGAAGAAGCACAGAGCGAGAAUGAUUGAAUAUUUCAUCGAUGUGGCUCGAGAGUGUUUCAACAUUGGAAACUUCAACUCCUUGAUGGCAAUAAUCUCUGGUAUGAACAUGAGCCCGGUCUCGAGACUAAAAAAAACUUGGGCCAAAGUGAAGACGGCAAAGUUUGACAUUCUUGAGCAUCAGAUGGACCCUUCAAGCAAUUUCUAUAACUACAGAACAGCUCUCCGAGGCGCAGCGCAAAGGUCCCUAACUGCUCACAGUAGCAGAGAAAAGAUUGUGAUACCAUUCUUCAGUCUCUUAAUCAAAGAUAUUUAUUUCCUCAACGAGGGCUGUGCCAACCGUCUUCCAAAUGGCCACGUUAACUUCGAGAAAUUUUGGGAACUGGCCAAACAAGUGAGUGAGUUUAUGACGUGGAAACAGGUGGAGUGUCCAUUCGAGCGGGACCGGAAGGUCUUACAGUACCUGCUCUCAGUGCCCGUGUUCAGUGAAGACGCUCUCUACUUGGCUUCUUAUGAGAGUGAAGGACCUGAAAAUAAUAUAGAGAAGGACAGAUGGAAGUCUUUAAGAUCCAGCCUGUUGGGCAGAGUUUAACAAAUGGAGACUGUUGCUGCUGCUGCUGCUGCUGCUGCUGCUGCUGUUGCUGCUGCUGCUGCCGCCGCCGCUGCAUCAAACAGACCCUGGAGGGCCUGGCCUUUGUGUUCUGGCAUCUAGUACUAGGAACAGUCGUGCAGACCCUGCAAGCAAGCCCAACUGCGGAGCAGAUGGAAAACUCAUUUCCUACAGCCGACAGAUGGACUCGCAUUUUUGAGACUGAAAUGUUCACUGAAGACACUUGAGAAAGAAGCCUCUAAAAUUCCCGGCUCUGCACAUGAUUCAUCUUCUGGAAUUUCCACGUGAAUCACAGCUCUGCACCUGGAUGGAGUUUUCUUUUUUUGUGUGUGUGUGGUUUUGUUUUUUGUUUUUUGUUUUUUUUUAAUUUGCUUGAACAUUUGCUGCUAAUGGAACUUACCCAGCUGAGUGCUGGCUAUAUGAAAGCCCAUGGGUUUUUUGUUGUUGUUGUUGUUAAUUUAAAUGAAAAAGGGAGAGGAGGGAGGGGAAACACCCCCUCCCCUCAGCGCCCGCGCCCCUCCCCCAGUUUGGGUCCCAGACCUCUGCUUGAGCAGUAUUCCAAUGAGGGCAAAGACUGGGUGGAGGUCUGCUGCGGGCAUUCUUCCCCUUAGCGUGUACAGCGUUGUAAACAUCUCUCCUCCCUCUUCCUCCGAGGUUUUGAGUUGGCUGCUGGUUAGCACACUCCUCCUUGCCCAUAUAAGUUAUUUAAUAUAAUAAUGAAGCGCAACACUGUGGUAGGAAAAUAGCCACUAGGAAGAAACAAAAAAGCAGAGUUCGGCCCUGUUGGACUGCCCGUCCCGCUGGAAGGAUGGUGUUUUCUUUACCCUUCUGAGCUGUUUACAACUGACCACUGUGUUCUGUAGAUGUAUUUUUCAGUAGUUUUUGUUUUUAUCGUUACUUAGUUUUCCAUAACGCCGCCAUGCCCCCCCCCCCCCGUAAAUGUAAAUGAUCUGAUGACAUUAAGGGUCUUGGAAAAAUCCAUGACAUAAUCACAGUUGUUUUUUACUAACUUACUUUUCGUUAUUUUCUGGAGUCUGUUGGUGACUACUAAACAUGUAAACAAGGAAUAAAUUGGAAAUGUUACCUCCUCCCCUCUAGCAGUGAACAAAACCAAUGAGAACCAGGUUGCUGUUAACUCUGAUCGGUCUAACUGUGAGCUCGUUCCCCUGGUUAACAUCUAAAUAGGUCCAUAGUUCCUCUGCCAGCAGCGAUUGUGUAUACUCUAGGAGAAGCUUUAGAGUAGUGAUCCCAGCUAAUGAAAAUGCACAAGGCCAAGUUCCAACCCCAGACAUGUUCAUUAACCUUUCUGACGCUGUUUUGAGAAUCAGCAUGUCCUUAGCGUGCAUUGUCUCAGCAGGCCUCAACUGUCUCCAAGUUGUCCCUUUACAACGUCAAUACAUUUUACACUCUGCAGCCAA